GGGUUAAUCCACGAUCUUGGGCUCUGACUUGAAGCUGGCUAUAAUUCCCUGCAGGGGGGAAAAGUCCAAACCUGAAGUACAGUGUUAACUUUUAAUCAAACAAAAGACAUUUUCUUGCUACAAUUAAAAGGUAACAGUGAAGCAUUAGUGAUUGUGAUACUGAAUUGGAAAACACUUUUCAAUAGAGCACAGUGUAACGAAGAAAUACUAUAAUGAUAUAUUUAUUUAUAAACAUUGGUUGGAGUUUUUUUUUUUUUAAUCCCUUCCCUAAGAAAACUGAGACUCCAAGAAAAUGUGACUAUUCCAUAUAAACUUCAUUUGGCAGAAGGCAGUACAUUUUAGAAAAGCAGAUUCAUCUAAAAAUGUAUUUCAAGCAAUUUUGUGACUUAACCCCCAAAUGCCAGAACUUCUUUUUAAAGUACGUUUCUGGUGGUUUUGCUUUGCAUGAGAGAAACUUUAAAACACUUGAAAAGAUUGAUUUCCAGACUUGCUGGAUUUAAAGUUUAUAGUUAUAACUGUACAGUUUCAAUGGCAAAACUAAUUUGGGGGUCAGGAUGUAAACAUUUGUUUUCAUUUUCUAUCACACAUCAAAUGAGAGGCAGAAAGCUCAAAGCUGUCCUCCACGUUUAAGAUAAUGGCAAAAAUAACAGGCAGCUUAGCGUUACCAUACUAGGGGUGUGUCAAUUCUCUCCCGUGCUCUCUGCUCUCGCUUAUGAUAAACUCAAUGGGGCUGUCUAUUUUUAACCUCCUGUUCUUUCCUUUUGGCAGAGUAAUCAGUGCAAGCUGAGCUCUUUCCCUGAAUGAAUCCAAGUAACCCUGAUGGUCGCUUUCUGAAAUGACCAGCAGACACACAUCUGUACAGAAGCUGCCCAAAGUAUAAACUCUGAUUGUAAAGUACCAUGUCCGGCCAAGGAAGUCCUGGUGUGGAGCUUUCUACAACAACAGUCAGUUCAGUAGCUGUGCAGGCUGGGGACUCCAAAAUCGUUAUAGCUGUCAUAAAGUGUGGCAAAUGGAUACAACUUCAACUGGCUGAAUCACAGCCCAAUCUUCUAGAAAUUGGUAGCAGUCAAGAUGAAACCAGAAAACUUCUUCAUGAUCAUGAACUUCUUUUGGCCAAGCUCAAGGCUUUGGAAGAUCAAGUAUGGGGACUGUUGCAGGAAGCAGAUAAGACAGCUGAAGAGAACAAGGAUCAAAGUCAGGUCUACGAUGCCAUGGCCAACACCCUGGGUGAAGCAUGGGCAGCCCUGGUCUCCAUGCUUGAAAGAAGACAGGAGCUCCUCAGGUUGACCUCUGAAUUUUUUGAAAAUGCCUUAGAGUUUGCUACUAAAAUAGACCAAGCUGAGGAUUUCCUCCAGAACACUCAGGAGUCUGAGAGUGCUGAACCCUUAAGAUCACUUCUUCAGCUCCACGAACAUCAUAGCAAAGAACUCUUAGAACGAUCUCUAGCCCUUCUAAACAAAAGUCAACAACUCACUGAAUUCAUAGAAAAAUUCGUAUGUGAAGGGCCUAAUGUAAAUCCCGAGUUGAUUCAGGGAGCUCAUAGCAGCUGCCUGAAGAUCGACAGCCUUCUUGAACUCCUACAAGACAGGAGAAGGCAAUUAGACAAGUACCUGAAGCAACAGCGGCAGGAAUUGGAGCAGGUUCUGCAGAUAUGUCAGUGGGACCAGCAAGAAAACCAGGUGACUUGUUGGUUUCAGAAAACCAUAAGAGACUUACAACAACAACAUCUAGGUUCAUCACUUUCAGACAAUGAGGAGCUAAUUCGUAAGCAUAAGGAACUGAUGAUUAAAGCAAAGGAAUGGAAUUCUGCUGUUGAGAGGAUGAAGAGUGAGGGACUUGGGAUUCUGCUGUCAAAGGACUAUGUGGAGAAAGAACAUCUACAGCUUUCUAACCAGAAACUCAGUCAGCUCCAGGAAGAACUUGGUCAGCUUAUGGCGGAAAGGGAAACCUGGUUAAAAAAGGCAAAUGAUUUUUUUAGCAGUGCCAACAAGGCAUUUGAUGUACUUGGAAGAGUCGAAGCUUACCUUAAGCUCCUUAAAUCAGAAGGUUUAAGUCUGCCUGUCUUGGCAGCGAGGCACGAGGAAUUACACAGAGAAAUUAAAGACUGCACAGCUGAGGCUUUGCAGAAGGGGCGAGCUUUAAUCAGCGAAGUAGACUCCUGCAGCUCUCGGGUGACCGGGAUCCGUGAGAUGAUAGGAUGCAUUCAGAGUCGAGUGGAUCAUCUGACCGAACAGUGUUCAGCACACAAGGAGUUCGCUCUAAAGAAACAGCAAUUAAUAGCCUCAGUGGAGGGUUACCUAAGGAAGGUGGAAAUUACAAUUCAGAAAAUCAGUCCAGUACUUUCCAAUCCAAUAGAUGUCAGUUCCAGUCUGUCUGAAUCAAAGAAGAUUUUGAGUAAAUAUCUGGAACUGGAUAUCCAAACUAAGGAAACAUCACAUGAAUUAGAAGCAGCGGCAAAAAUCAUGACAGAGAAAAGUGAAUUUGGACCUGACGAAGUGGCAUCACUUUCUUCUCAAGCUAAAUGGCUAGAGGAAGAAUUAAAAAUACUUGGCCAAAGCAUUGGCUCCAGGUUACGAAUUCUGCAAACUCAUGUGGCAUUUCUAAAGUCAUCAGAGGAGGUAGAGGAGCAGUCUCAGAGCCUAAGGGAAUUUUACCAAACUGAAAUGUCUUGGAAGGAAGAGGAUGAUGCUAAAGCCAAGUAUUGGUGUGACUCAGCCGAGAAACAGUGGCAGCUAUUUUUAAAGAAGACUUUUUUCACCCAGGACCUAGGGCUUGAGUUCCUUAAUCUAAUAUACAUGGCACAAGAGAAUGAGAUACUAAAUGUGAAAAAUGAAGUGCACAUUAUGGGGAACACUAUGGAGAACCAGAAGGUAGAAAAGGAAGAACUUUCCUGCCUUCGGGUGGCAUGGCAAGUUAAAACGAUUGAAAACAAGCCUGUGAAACAGCAGUGGGGAGCGUUCAAAGAGCAACUCAAAAAGACAACUCACAACUUAAAACUUCUUCAGGAAGCACUUAUGCCUGUGUCUGCACUUGACCUUGGAGGAAGCCUCCGGACCAUUUUAGAUCUACGGAGAAAAUGGAAUGAAAUGAAGCCCCAGUUCCAGCAACUGAAUGAUGAGGUUCAGUACAUUAUAAAAGUGUCAGAAGAGUUAAGUGGUAAAGGAGCCCCUGUGAAAGAGAAGUCUCAACAACUGAGGGACCUUGUUCACCUCCAUCAAAAACAGAGAGAGAGAAUCCAAGAUUAUGAGGAUAUCCUGUACAAAGUAGUCCAGUUUCACCAAGUAAAGGAAGAGCUGGGACAGCUCAUCAAAUCAAGAGAAGUAGAGUUUCUAGAGCAGCCAAAGGAACUGAGUGAUGCUCAUGAUGCCCAGGUUCAUCUCAGUCGGUCGCAGAAAAAGCAGGCACACAUAGACCAUCUCCAUAAGCUGGCCCUUUCUUUGGGAGUGGGCAUCAUCUCAUCAAUGCAGCAGCCUAACUGCUCUAAUGUUUCUGCAAAGAAGCUACAGCAGCAGCUGGAGAUCCUGGAGGGGGACAGUGUGAACUGCCGUGCCAAAGCCCAGGAGUAUGAGCGAGCCCUGUCUGGAAGCUUACAGUACUGCACCACAAGAGAGGAGAUAAAAGAGCUCAAAGAGUCAUUCAAAGAUAUCAAAAAGAAAUUCAACAAUUCAAAGUUUAAUUACAGUAAGAAAAAUGAAAAAGCACGAAAUCUGAAGGUUCUUAAAUAUCAAAUUGAACAAGUUGAUACGUAUGCUGAAAAAAUGCAGGCUUUGAAAAAGAAAAUGGAAAAAGUUGAGAACAAAAUUUCUGAUUCUUUUUUAAAUUAUGCAAGUUAUAAAGUUAAUAUCCUUUUGGAGGCCUUGAAGGAUUUGCAGAAACGUGUGGAUGCAUUUGACAAAGUUGUGACAGAUUACAGGAAGAACUUGGACUUGAUGGAGCAUCUCCAAGAGAUGAUAGAAGAGUGUUACUUUUGGUAUGAAGAUGCAAGUGCCACAGUUGUAAGAGUUGGAAAAUACUCCACAGAGUGCAAGACAAAAGAAGCUGUGGAAAUUCUCCAUCAGCAGUUUAAUAAGUUUAUCAUGCCCUCAGUGCCUCAGCAAGAAGAAAGGAUUCAGGAAAUCACUGACCUUGCUCGGCGCUUAUAUGGUUUAGAAGAAGGGAAGAAAUACGCUGAGAAACUAGUAGCAAAACACAAAGAGGUUCUUGAAUCUGUUACUGAAUUAUGUGGGUCUCUCACAGAGCUUGGAGAAAAACUGGAGCAGGGAGACGUUUUAAAGAUACAUCCGAAUAUGGAAGACUUCCAUGAUUAUUGUAUUGACCUAUUAAAAGAACCAGCAAGAAAUAAACAGGCAAUAUUCACGGAAGAAAGCAAUAAGGGCCAGGCGCAAGUGGCAGAUACUUUGGCCAUCAGUGGAGCAGGGGAGGAUCAGCCUCCGCAGGACCUGAAGCAGCAGGCCUCUGCCAAAGAGGGCAGCAUCCACGGUCUGCUCCUGCCUGAAGAGAGGCUUUCAGGCGAGGAAUAUGAGUGUGUCUCACCUGAUGACAUCUCCUUGCCUCCACUCCCAGGAAGCCCCGAAUCCCUCCUGGUACCAUCUGACAUGGAGAUGGAGGAGCCUCCUAGCUCCACCUCCCUUAGCCUUUACUUAAGCAGCUCCAGGAUGCAGACUGAGACCAACAGUCCAGGGGAGGCUCAGGAACCUGUUCUGCCACCACCUGUGGCUUUUGCUGAUGCAUGCCGUGAUAAGAGAGAAACAUUUUCAAGUCAUUUUCAGAGGCCUUAUCCCCACCUCAAAGCUGAGGCCCUCUUAACCUCCCGGGGAUUUCUGGAAAACAACACUGUCUUCCGCAGAGUCAGUGCUAAACCUCCAGAGAGCAUGCCGAGUGAAGUGCAUGAGAGAGCUUUACAACAGCACCCUCAGGCUCAGGGAAGUUUGCUAGGAACACGGGAGAAAAUGCAUGCUGGUAAUAACGUCACUAAAACCCAAGACAGGCUGCAUGCUUCCCCUGAUGCCUCCUCGGGCCUCUGGUUUCAAUCAGACACCAGCCACGGCUAUCAGAGGCCAGUGGUUCCCCGAGAAGAGAUUAAAAAUACAUCAGCAAAGAACAGUGUGGUCAGCCUAGCUGGCCAGGCACCUAAUUUCUCCAGGCUCCUGUCUAAUGUCACUGUCAUGGAAGGUUCUCCAGUAACUUUGGAAGUUGAAGUAACAGGAUUUCCAGAGCCUACACUGACAUGGUACAAGAAGGGCCAGGAAUUGUCUGCAGAUGGGCACUUACAGGUUUUACACAAGGAGACAAGGCAUUCGGUGUUCAUUCCGAAGGCGUGCAAGGCAGACACAGGCCUCUAUGUGGCUCAGGCCCAAAACUCUAGUGGCUCUCUCUCGUCCAGCGUCUUCCUCCAUGUGACAGGUAACCACAGGCCACCAAUAACAAGAAUAAACUGGAUAACGCUGUGUGUCAUCUAUGUUGGUGUGUCCUUAAUGUACUGGCUACUCAUACAGUAAUUGGUGUUGGCACUGAUAUACAUCAUUCUCAUGAAUCGAGGGACAAUACAGUUGUCUAUUUCCCUGAACCUCCCACAGAGCAUCCUCUGUCAAGUGUGCCUCCGCUCUGUCCAUAUUGCUGAUAUGGCUAAUAUCACUGCUUGGUAAAAUAAUAGAGUUUUCUUUAGUGAUUGAAUGUAUUCAAGGAGCUUGGUAAAUUAUUUUCCGUGGAUAAGGAUAUAUUUUUGUACUCUACAUAGAGAUGUGUUCAGUAUAAUACACAGUAAAAUUAAAAAAAUUAGGCCGUGUUUAUUCCUUCCUAAAGAGAAUUUAAAGACAUAUAGAUCAAGUCUCACAUCAUCAUAUAGAUGUGAGUUAAGUUUCAAAUCUAAUGGUUUGAUAAUUAAUUUUUAAUUAUACUCACAAACAUCUCUGUAGGGAAUAACAAUAGAAAUAUUUAACUGAAGUUGUAAUUGUAAUUAUUGCAUUAGCUAUCAUUUAAUUUUUCUGUUCAUAUCUUGAUCUCAUUUACUGAAAUUCAUUUUAUAUAGUUUCAACGUAGACUAUAUUCCUGAGUCUGAAGAUGUUACUAUAAAUAAUCAUUUCUCAUGUUGAUCUCACGGGUUUGACAUUGGAGAAUAGAUGUGCUGUCAACUUUAAAUGGAGUUUCAAACUUCCAUCGGCUCUGUAUGUCGCAGAGCAAGGUGGAACACAGGCUAAGCUAAUGGACCAACUUUACUCCUGUCGUUCAUUUUAGGUGGCCAUAUAUAUGACUACAACAAGGUCCUGUUUCUAAUCUCGAUUCUGCUGCUGACCAUUUUUGCAGGCUGUGGUAAGGCAUGUCAGUGCCUUAGUUUCCCAUCUGCAAAUGGGCUAAUCAUCUACCCCUCAGGCAAUUGAGUUUUCUUUGGGUGUCUUGUCAAAAUCUGGAAAAUGGAAAGCACUCUAUGAAGACUAAGGGUAAUUAUAUUGUUUUGUGUAAUUCAUCAUCACACCUGCUUCCUGCUUAUUAUUUCUCUCUCAGGUGCUGUUUCUUAAGAAUAUUAAAGGAGUGGUGUUAAUAUGUGAUUUCUAACUAUUUCCAUGGGGAAGGGGAGAUGAUGUCUUCUUAACUGGAGAUUAAAUUCCUUUCUAAUUUCUUAAGCCUAAAUACUUUUCAAAGAUUUGAAAUGAAACUCAGAAGGAUACACUUAGAAUGUCCUAGGAGAAGAAGUAUGUAAUAAGAUGAUUUAAGAUGAAUUCUACCCUUUUCUCAUCAUUAUCGUUGUAAUGAUGAAGAGCAUUGUAUGCCUUUUUGAAAUUUAUUAUUCAGAAAAGAGGAUCAUCUUUUUGAUUCCUUUUAAAAAUAAGCAUGAGUAAGAGAGGCAUUUGUUUUUCAAAUUUUAUACAUAGUCUUGUCAUGCUAGGGCAAAAUCUUCAGUUGAAAGAAUAAUUCAUUACAGAUUUUUGAUGAAGGGAAGGAAUUAAUUAUGUUUCUGGAAGACUGUCUACAAAUAACCAAAAUAUUUAAAUGUAAUAUAUUCAAGUUGAUAUUAAAAAGUUACUGAAUGUUAUCUGAAGAUCUGAAAUGUGAAGUCAAGUAAAAAGUUGGCAUAUUUUUCUUGUGCUGCAUAUUCAAUUUUAUUAAUUUUUUCUCUUAAUUUUAUUCUAAAUUUUAACAGAAAUUUAUUAAAAAUUUAUAUAUCCUAGAGAACUUAGAGUCUCUUAACUCUCCUACCCUUUUUGUCCAGUUACAAAUAUUUUGCAUAUCUUGCCUAACUGCUAUCGCCCAUGUUGAAGCUAAAAAGUAAAACCCAUUCAUGUCCAAAGGGGGCAGGCAUGACCAGGUAACAAAUUGUCUCUUGUCCCACUGUCCAUCCUUAGCUUGUUAAUUUGACGCAUCUCCCUCCUCAUUUUGUCAGCUUGGUUGAAUUAGUGGUUUGACGUUAUCAGGGUAUUGCUGGUUUGCUUUAUAUAUUAUACUCCAGUUUCGGGGGACAGGGUAGAAUAUACAGUAAAACUUGGGAUAGCCAGAAGCAAUGUAAGGUGGAAACCUGUCAGAGAAGGAAAACUUAAAUAUUUUCCACUAAUAAAGAGGAUAGAAGAGUGGUAAGACACACCCUGUCAAAGGCAAAAUCUUACCAGUCCCAGAGAAAUAAGGCAGUCCCAUCCAGUUCUGGCUCUAACAGGAUUCACUGGACAUACGUACAUGAUUCAUGACAAAUAAGGCAUGUAAAGUCCCCAGAAAAAGACAAGGCUGGUAUAUUUUCAGAAAGACUGAUUCGUGGAGUGUUGUAAUUAAGGACUGGAGAGAUAGAAGGCUAGAAAUUUUUGUGAGGGUAGAUGGGUACUUAGGAAUCCGUUAACUGGUAAAGAAGCCUGGGUACCAUCCAGAAAUUAAAAAAGGGUCAAGUACUUUAGUACUUAGGGUAACUAAAACUGGCAAAGGAAUUAAGCAAUAUACCCAAAUUGAUGGAAGCCAAAGAGGAUGAUAAGAGUCUCCAAGGAAUUGACCAAGGUGGACAUUGUAUAUUCCUUAUGGGGUCCAUAUAGACCAGGCAUUCCAUCCUGUCUGUUCCUUCACUAGGUGAUCAGAGUGCACAAAGACCUUCAUCCACAACUAAAGUUGAAGCCAAUGUUUUUUGUUCAACAAAAAUGGUUUAAGAUAGUUAGAGAAGUUUUCUUUCUUGAAGAAUUUAUUAUGUCUUAUUCAAUCUUUUUAUCAUUUUCAAAAAGAAAAUGAAGUGAAAAGAUUUUAAAAUAUUCAAAUAUAAGAUAUGUAUGUAUAUACAUAUAUAUACAUAAUGAGACUGCUUUCUGAAUUCUUUAUCAGCACAGUACUUCUUCCCAAUAUGUGAGUCUAUGUAUGAGUGUAUACAUAUAUGUAUUACUUGUAUUUGAUAUAUAUAUUAAAUAUAUAUAGUUGAUAUAUAACAAAUAUAAGAUAUAUAUGUAUGUGUAUAUUCACAUACAGAUAUAUAUUGGCAAAUAUAAAAGACACCUAUUUAAGAAGCCCUGGUGGUACAGUGGUUAACUGCCCUGCUAACUGCCAAGAGGUCAGCAGUUCGAACCCACCAGCUACUCCAUGGGAGAACUAUGUGGCAGCCUGCUCCCGUAAAGGUUACAGCCUUGGAAAUCCUAUGGGCAAUUCUGUGUCCUAUAGGGUCUCUAUCAGUUGGAAUUGACUAGAGAGCAACGGGUUAUAGACAUUGACAUGUAUAUCGAAUAUAAGAUAUGUAUAUACACAAAUAUGUACAUACACCACACACACGCAUGCAUACAUAUGUAGAGCUCAAAUACUGGAAAAAAAUAUUAUGCACAUAUUUAAGAUAUAGUUCAGAAAGUUGUCUGUGUAUCUAUUUAUCCCUAUUUAUUCAGACUGUUGAUUGACUGGAACCCCUGGUGGCGUAGUGCUGAAAGGUCGGCAGUUUGAAUCCACCAGGCACUCCUCGUAAACCCUAUGGGGCAGUUCUACUCUGCCCUUUAGGGUCACUCUGAGUCUGAAUCGACUCGACAGCAACGGGUUUUGGUAUUGAUUGACCAUCUAGUAAUUCCCACAGCAGUAAAGAAUACUUAAUCAGCUACUUAGAUAUUCUUCUGGUUAUAUUUUUAAUUUCAAAGACUUAAGAGUGAUUUUCCUUUUUUGCUGGGAUUUCUGUCUUGAUCAAAGACUUCUUAUGAAAACUGAGGUUAUUGGUUAAAAAUACAAGACGUAGAAAAUUCAAAUAAUAUUUCUGCUUUAAGGUAUCCAUAUGAUUCAUACCCAUUUACUUCUAGAUGAAAUUAUUGACAGCUUGUAACAUCAAAACACUUUUUCACAAGAAAAUGAAAAUAAAAAGAAAGAUUAAAACUUAUUCAAAUAUGAGUUAUCGAUAUAUAUACACUUGACACCUUGAAGUAACACAAAUGUGUUUUUGAGUUUUAUUGUAGUCAGGGCAAAAUCAUUGGGUUUCCCAAUUCUAAUUGUUCAAUAAAAGAAUGUGUAGAUAUCCAGUGACACAGUUUUGGCCACCCUCAAUUCCAGGAGAAAUUUACUAUAAGAAUCUUUACAUUUGAAUAGCUGAAUAUUUUAUAGUAACUAAAAUAUUUGGGAAAAAAUAGCUAUUUUAUUUAAUAAUGUUAACCAUCAUUUGAAAUUGUCAA